GGGAUUCCCGUUUGCUAAGCGCAUGAGAAAAUGUUGCUAAUUUUUUGCCAAUUCGUUUUAAGCGUGCAUGAUAUUUUUUUUUUUACUUCCUUAUACCAAAUAACACAAGGAAAUGUGCCUAGUGGGAAGGCGUGCGAAGGAGGCAAAUAGAGGAACGCGUUUCCAUUUACACCUUUCACGUGAUUGCUAAAAAGAUAUUUUUUAGCUAAAUUGCGUCUGCUGUGUAUGAAAUAACAGAAGAACAUGUUUGUUCCUUUCGAUUUGGCCCUCACAAAUCACAUCAGAAGGAGUUUUUUGACGCUAAGUGGCGUUUUGCUCGCAAAAAGGACAUGGCAGACCAACAUGAAAAGGAAGACGUACAGGUCCAAAAAGAGGAAGAAGUACAUAAGGCUGGGAGAGACGCUAAUUAGGAUUCAGUGAGUUAGUGGCCACCUUUAAUGGAUAACCGGUUAGCCUCAGUGAAAAAUCUCUGCUGCAUCUCUGUUACGUCUCUGCUACGUCUCUGAUACGUCGCAGUUACAUCUCUAUUACUUUUUUUUUUUUCCGUUUUUCCGUUAGUUAAACUUUGCCCAAAUGUGCAUAUACCCCCUCUGGGGAAACUAUUUGGCAUUUUUUUCUCACCGUUUUUUAGCCCGUCUUUAUAGAGUAAAACUCAUAUGUGCAAUCGCAGCCAUGGUGGAGAGGCACCUUUCGUUUACACUGUCCUAGUGGCAGUCCCUCCCUAAGCCUUUUUCUUACCCACCUUCUUCUUCCUUCGCUUCCGCUUAACGAGCUUUAGAUUUAUUUGCUUCAA